AUGGCGUCGACAACCUUCCCACCACCACCCUCGGACCCUUCUGUGAUUCUCUCCUACCCAGCUCCCCAUGUCCUCCUGGUGACCAUCAAUCGAAUCAAACAAAUGAACUCGAUCCCCUUCCCCGUCCACUGGCACCUGCAUCGGGUCUUCGAUUGGUUCGACCGCGAACCCACACUGCGCGUGGCCAUCAUCACUGGCGCGGGGCCCAAGGCCUUCUGCGCCGGGCAGGAUCUCAUCGAGCUGGGCAAACGAGACCCCAAAGUCUUAGAGGAGAAGCCGUACCUGGGUAUGCAUCCGCCCAGCGGGUUUGCGGGCUUGAGUCGACGAUUGGGCAAGAAACCGGUCAUUGCCGCUGUUAAUGGGUUUGCGCUCGGUGGUGGGUUUGAGAUUGUUUUGAAUUGUGACAUGACCGUCGCCUCGCCGACCGCCACAUUCGGCCUCCCUGAAUCCCUCCGGGGCAUCUACGCCGGCGCCGGCGGUCUCCCCCGACUCGUCCGCAACGUUGGGCUCCCCUUAGCCUCUGAAAUCAGCAUGACCGGCCGCACGCUCUCAGCGGAAGAGGCCCUGCGCAUGAACUUGAUCAACAAAGUUAGCGCGAGUGCUGAAUCGUGCGUGCCCGAGGCCGUCGCUCUGGCCGAGAAAGUCGCCAAUAUCAGUCCGGACGCCAUUGUCGUCACGCGCGCCGCAUUGCGCGAGACCUGGGAAAAUGCUAGUGUGGAGCGCGGGUAUCAGAUUAUUGAUGAACGCUUCAAGCGUGGGCUAAUGGAGGGAGAAAACUCGAAAGAAGGACUUGCGGCAUUCAGAGAGAAGAGGAAGCCAGUUUGGAAGGCGAGUAAGCUGUAA